GUUAUUAUCCCGUCUUUGUUCGCCCGUAGUUAAUAAACACAUUUGCAAAAUAUAAGCCAUCAUUUCCCCGUAUUUGACAGUUUCUCUCUGAUGCAACAAAUGCUGUUCUGUUCAGAUCAGUAACCCCAUCGCCUUCCCUUGUUUGCAGAUUCGCAAAAUUGCGAAAUAUUAAUUUUUCUCACUCAACAAAUCGAUUAAUACUGGUGUAGAACAAUCGUUGUAUGGUAUUUACUAUUUAGCGUGCAAUCAUGGACUGGUCACUUUGUGUCCUCAUCAUUCUUACGGCUUGCUUUUUAUACAGCCCGGUGCUGUGCCGACGAUUCCAUAAUGUUAUGGAGGACGGGGAAUUUCGUGCAAAAAUUAUGGCAGUUAAUCCGGAAGCAAAACUAAACACUUCCCAAAUUAUUGCCUUUCAUGGAUAUCCAGUGGAGGAAUAUCGCAUUCAGAGCGAAGACGGCUACCUUAUCUAUAUCCAAAGAAUUCCAUGCGGUCGCAACAUGAGCAAAACCGGCUGCUCUGGACGCCCAGUUGUAGUGUUGCAACAUGGAUUGGAAGCGUGUUCUGCCAAUUUCGUUACAAAUCUUGUCCAAGAAAGCCUCGCUUACAUAAUGGUGGAUGCUGGUUAUGAUGUUUGGCUUGGAAAUAUGCGCGGCAACUUUUAUGGACGAGGACACAUUAAAUACCCUGUCGAUUCCGCGGAAUUUUGGGAUUUCAGUUUUGACGAAAUGGCCAAAUACGAUGUACCGGCAAUUAUUAACAAAGCCUUGGAAGUAAGUGAACAGAAGCAGUUAAUUUACGUCGGCCACAGCGAAGGCAAUCUCGUCGGAUUUGCAAAAUUCUCCACCGAUACUGAGUUUUCCGAAAAGGUUAAACUUUUUGUGGCCCUGGCACCUGUUGCAUAUCUGGGGCAUUUGAAAAGCUUACCUUUCCGAGCACUCGCUCCGUAUGCUCGCCAAAUCGAUCUUCUGCUAAAUAUUUUUGGAGAUCGUGACUUGUUACCCGGUGGCAGCUGGUUAAACCAUUUGGGAGAAGCAUUUUGUGCUAUAGAACCCAUCCCGGCGGAACUGUGCGCGAACAUUAUUUUCCUUUUCGGUGGUUUUGACCAUGAUCAGUUUAACAAUUCCCGUGCCGAUAUUUACAUUGCUCACAACCCUUCCGGCACAUCCACCCAAAACGUAUUCCAUUUCGCUCAACUAGUCGAUUCCGAUCGAUGCCAAAUGUUUGAUUACGGCUCUAAAAAAGAGAAUAUAAAGCAUUACGGGCAGCCAAUCCCCCCGGAAUAUCCCCUUGCGGCGAUAACGGUUCCCACGGUACUUAUGUACGGACAAAACGAUAUUUUGGCCACACCUCCGGAUGUUGCAAGACUGCAGGGCACACUAACGUCCUUAGUGGAAUCGUACAAGGUCCCGUUCGAUAAAUGGUCGCACCUCGAUUUUAUUUGGGGCAUAGAAGCCAACAAAUACGUGUACCAGGAAAUACUGCGUGUAGUAAAAAAGUACUCGGGAAGAAGUAUGGAAACCGGCUACAGCCUUGCAGUGCAAAAUGGGGAGCGUUCGCGAUGUUUUUUCUUUCUUUUCGGAAUAAUUGUUGCAACGGUUAUUACUUUGGAAGAAGUUGACAGUGUAUUGUUCCCAAAGAACCACAAUGCUCGUGAUGAAACCAGUAACUUGAAAACUUUUGCAAAAGGUCUCAAAUAUAUACCGGAUCCAGAAGCAUCGAUGAACGUGACAGAAAUUAUAAGGUAUUAUGGAUAUCCGGCAGAAGAAUACAGGAUUCAAACCGAAGACGAUUAUUUGAUAUACAUUCAGCGGAUUCCAUUUGGUCGAAAUGAAACAUCGAAAAAAGAGCCAUCAGAAAGACCGGUCAUAGUUCUACAGCACGGGUUGCUUUCGAGUAGUGCUCAUUGGAUAACGAACCUGCCCCAUCAAAGCCUAGCUUUUAUUUUGGCGGAUGCUGGAUAUGAUGUUUGGCUGGGAAAUAUGCGUGGGAACUUUUAUGGCCUUGGUCAUCGAACUUACCCAAUAACUUCAAAAGAAUUUUGGGACUUUUCGUUUGAUGAGAUGGCCCAGUACGAUCUACCGGCAAUAAUUAACGAAGCAAUACGUGUUUCCGGUCAAGACAAAGUUGUCUAUAUCGGCCACAGUCAAGGCACAUUAAUUGGCUUCGCUAAAUUUUCCUCGGACCAUUCACUGGCCAGAAAGGUCAAACUGUUUAUCGCAAUGGGGCCGGUAGGAUUUCUGGGCCAUAUAAAAUCUCCUCCUUUGUUGCUGUUGGCUCCGUUUUCACGGGAACUUGCGUUUAUGUUCCGGUUGUUCGGAUAUCGAGACUUCCUCCCGGACUAUCCUAUAAUCAAAUACCUUGGAAAAACCUUUUGCGAAGCACAGCCUGUUCCAACCGAGAUCUGCGAAAAUGUCCUCUUCUUGCUGUGCGGAUACGACUUUGCCCAAACCAACUCGUCUCGACUGGAUGUGUAUCUGGCUCAUACUCCCGCGGGAACAUCUACACAGAACGUUCUGCAUUUCGCUCAGCUGGUUCACAGUGACAAAUGCCAAAUGUUUGAUUUCGGUUCUGAAAAAGAAAAUCUUAAGAACUACGGCACGCCCGUGCCACCUGAAUAUCCACUUCAUAAUCUGACGGUGCCGGUUGCACUGAUGUAUGCUGACAACGAUUGGCUUGCUACGCCGGUAGAUGUCAUGAGGCUAGAGUCUACUAUAACUUCCGUUGUCGACACGUAUCGAGUGCCCUAUGCAAAAUGGAACCAUUUGGAUUUCCUUUGGGGUAUCGACGCCAACAAAUAUGUUUACCCUGAAGUAUUCCGACUUCUUCGAACACACACCUAAAAUUUUUAAAUUACAAAUUGACUGUCAAACAUUCGAUACUGAUUCGCGCGCGAAUUUGCAUGAUAGUAAACAUAUUGAAAAUAGCUCUACUGUAUAAUUUGUUUUCUUGCUUCGGCUUUACGUAUAGCUUUGUGGUGAACGCCGACAAUAAGAGUAUAUUUAUCGUUAGUUGCUACUUAUACGUGAUGGGCAGUACUGACCGGAAAUGAUUGAUAUUUGUACUGUACUCGUACAUGCUGCAUCUCCUCUAACUGGUGAAGUACAGUACUUUUUUAAUUUUUGCUGAUUGUGCAAGGUGAAAUAUAAACUGAAAUUAUGGGAAGA